CUGGCUGGACUGCACGCACUGUUCGCUGAGUUUAGAACCAAUUUUCGUUAAUGAUGGUGAUAGACGCCGGAAGGACAUGAGGCGAAACGCGAUAAGUACGUGUCGCUAGGCUACCAUCCCGCCGAGACUGCUCCUUGCGAGCUCUGCAGCAACUGUCCGCCGGUCAGCGCGCACCGCCUCCCUCUUUACACGCUCGUCGCCAGCGCAUCGUUGGAUUUGUCUCUGACCUUGGAGCUGGGUUCUCCGUCGUGCACUGUCCAUCCCCCGUUGAGCGGCCGUCAUUCCUUUCCUGCGCAGUCUGAUACGGUUUUCACGCCCAUCAUGAACAAGUUGUUUGCUUCCUAUCGUUAUUUCGUCUUCGUUCUCUUUGUCAUCUGCAAUGCUGUUAUCUGUGCUGUUGCAGCAUGGAACCUGUCGCUCGCCCUGGACAUCCAGUUUCACAGUUGGAUUGAAGUCGACGCACUGUUGGUAUCUGCAGCUGCUACGGCAUUGCUAUUCAUCUUCACUUUCAUGUUCGUGGACGUCUUGUGCAAACAGUCUGCGAUGCGACACGUUUGGGUUGAGUGCCUCUGGGUUGGCCUCUUUGGCGUAUUGGAGCUGGCGUGUGCUGCUGCGGUCACUACCACGACGUCCGACUCAAAAUGUGUAACAGCAGACGAGGACGGCCAGAUCACGGAAGGUCCAUGUACCACAUCCUCGCUCAUGGUAGGCUUCACCUGGGCUGCAGCCACAGACAUGCUGAUGUACUUCGCUGUACUCGCUGUCAUCGCCCUCCUACACCAGCGCAAUGACCCCCUUAUCUGGCAAUCGAGCACACUGGACUACUCCUGGUUCGCCUUACGCUCGUCGCUGCCUAGUGCACCGUCAUCGCCUACACGGGCCCUUCCCGGGAAUCCUUCCAAGUCCUCCCGCGGCAGCCCCCCGCCGUACCCGACUGAGUUCGGAAGACGCAUGUUCGCGAAUCCUCCACCCGAUCUUGAGAAGCAAGACCUUGAGAGGAAUGAAGCCGCGGCGCCUAUGCCAGCCUCUGUCGCGCUCUACCGUAUGCAGAGUCAGACAGCCCGGCCAUUCCCUGCGAAACGAGCCUCCUGGCAGCCUCGGCAGCUGCAGUUGUCGGCUAAUGUGCCUCUACCGACUACGACGGCUCCGACACCGAAGCCUUUGCGGACUGCUCCAGUUGAGACUGUCGCCCCUUCUCCUUCUCCAUCCCCGCCCCCAGAAUCGGAUUCUGGGUCAGAACCGUCAACCCCCGCAACACCUCUCGGUCGUCCACACAAGAAGCGAGUCCUGCGCCUGCACAGGCCCCCGCCGCUCGACUUGUCCCGCAUCAGCUCCUUCCGGUAACACCUAUAGACAAAGGAAACACCGACAACCUAUCCAGCGCUGAUCGCUUCCGGCUAAGCGAUCCGUGGCUGCGUAC